AUUGGAUCGUAAAGAGGAUUGUGUUUUUUGUCGCAUUAGUUUUGAUAAGCCAUUUGUGCUCCCACCUCGAGACGGUGUCAAGCUCGUCGUUGAUUCGUCGGACAACACCAGGGAACGAAUCAUGUCUGGUUAAGUCGCUAGUAACACUUCUCUGAUCCGUCAAGCAGAACACUUCGAAACAUGGACGGGGGAAAGAUCAUCAAAGAUGCUAUUCAUGGACACAUUGAAUUCCCUGCCCUCUGUGUCCGAAUCAUUGACACGCCGCAGUUUCAGAGACUCAGGUUUCUGAAGCAGCUAGGUACGGCCUCUUUCGUGUAUCCUGCGGCUUCUCACAACCGCUUCGAACACUGUCUCGGGACCUGUUAUCUGGCAGGGAAGAUGGUGAAUGCCCUUCGAAGCCGCCAGGAGGAACUCGGAAUAAAUGAGACGGACGUUUUGUGUGUUCAGAUCGCGGGCCUCUGCCACGACCUCGGCCAUGGCGCCUUCAGCCACGUCUUCGAGACGUUCAUGAAGGAAUCCAAAGAGAGCUUCGAGCAUGAAAAGAUGUCCUGUAAGAUGUUCGACCACCUCCUUCGCGAGAACAACAUCAUGCAGGAUUUUGAAAAUGCAGGGCUGGGCGAGAAGGACGUUCAGUUUAUCAAGGAUCUCAUCCUUGGAGCAAAGCCUUCAGAGGAAAAAAACGGGAGAACAGCAGCCAAGGCUUUCCUUUUCGAGAUCGUGAACAACAGGAGGACGGGCGCCGACGUGGACAAGUGGGACUACUUCCUCAGGGACUGCCACGGCCUCGGCAUCAACGUGACCUUCGAGUACGAGAGGCUGAUUCACUUCUCCAGGGCGGCCGAGGUCGAGGGCGAGUGGCAGAUCGUCUUCAAGGAAGCGGAGGCGGAGAACCUGUACGAGAUGAACCACGCCAGGACGAUGCUGCACAAGAAAGCCUACCAGCACCGCGUCGUCAAGAUCAUCGACCGAAUGCUUGUUGACGCCCUUCUGAAGGCUGACGACUCCAUAACGUAUAAGGGCGAAAAUGGACAAAGCUUCAAGUUGAGCAAAGUGUGCAACGACGUGGCGGCCUACACUUACCUCACCGAUGACGUCAUGUACCGGAUUCUGCGGAUGCCUCCCGGGUCCUCUCGUCUCGAGGAAGCCAAGUUGAUUCUGAAAAACAUUCUUGCAAGGAACUUAUACUCUUACGUCGGGGAAUUUUCUGAGGCGGAUGUGAACGAUCUGGAGAAGACAAAGCAGACACUCAAGAACAGGUUCGGCGCAGAGUGCCUGGAAAAGAAAGUCAAAUUUGGCAGCAAGAAAGGAAAUCCUUUGGAGGAGCAGUAUUUCUACCGCAGGGGAAAUGAGAAAUUCAUAACUCUCAGGGCGGAACAGGUCUCUAAAAUGCUUCCAAGAGAGUUCGAGGAUGUCAAAUAUUACGUUAUUACGAAGGACUUCAGGGCGGAACAAGAUACCCCGGCGAAGAUAAAGAAGAUCAAGGAGUUUCUCGAGGUUCAGUCUCCUCUGUUUUGGGUCAUCUGUAUAAAUAGAUAGGAAGAAAAAAAUGGAAAAUGAAGGAAGAGUGAUGAUACACCAAUUGUCCCUUAUUAGAAAAUGCGUUUAGUAGACAUCCCCGAUGUCUAUGUUGCCCAGUGUCAAUGUACACCCGAAACACAAAAUCAGCCUAUUUGAUUUAUAUAUUUCUGUGGAAUUCUUCAUAUUUCUAUUACAAUAUAUACAUUAUGUGUGGAUAGUUUGGAUAUGAGUGCUUGUAAGUCCACUUGCAGGCUUACAGUAGUUUAGGCUUGUGUAAUAUUUAAUUCUCUCUCUCUCUCUCUCUCUCUCUCUCUCUCUCUCUCUCUCUCUAUGUAUAUAUAUAUAUAUAUAUAUAUAUAUAUAUAUGGGCACUGAGUCAUAGACCCUAUUGAUUAAACAAUGAAUUUAUUAUAGUGUUCCUAUUUUGCAUUAUGAGUGUUAAUUCACACUCCAAUUAUAUUACAAUAUCUGUAAUACGUACCUGCUAGAAAAGACAGACUGAAUCAUACCAGGUGGCUGUAUAAAUAAAAAAAAAAAAGAUAUAAAUUACAGCAAGCAUGUGGCAGGCAGAGACCACACUGACGCCAUCCAAACCAAAAAAGUAUGAACAAUAACAAAGCGCCUUGCGCAGCCAAACAGUAAAUUUACAAUUCAAAUCCUCAUAUUCUUUAUUUAUAAACAAUAAUCAUUCAUCAAUAAAGAUUUACAAUUUUGGGAUAACUCACAACACAGCUAUGACUCUCUUUCGGCGGCAUCUGGGUCAAAGGGGAGGUACUCCUGACUCCGCCUCAAAGACGCACGAUCCGAGUGCAUUUUAGGGCUCGUAGACACAUUCAAUCAAGCAUUCUGCACACCAUCCAAAUUAUUCAAAUUUGAGUCAUACACGAUUGACCCAUAAUCUACUUUAAACCUGAUCAGGGCUUCAUACAUCAUUAGCAAAGACUUUCUAUCAGCUCUCCAUUUAUUUCCAGCAAUGCACUUUAGCGAAUUAAGUGCUCCUUGAUAGCUAUUCUUUAACUGACCAAAGUGGUCUUUCCAAUUUAGUCUACGAUCGCAGAGUAGACCAAGAAAUUUAACAGAAUUUUGAAAAAGUACUGGAUGAUUAUCUAGAGUUAGCCUGAUGUUCGUCAUCUUCCUAUGUGAGAAAAAAAAACACCUUAAUAGUCUUUCUUGUGGAAAACAGUUAUGAAUCAUAUCCAGUGCCAGUAGCGAUGUGCCGAAAAUUGUGCAUUACUGCUGGAAUGUCACAAUGCACAAUCAUUAGCGUACAGUCAGUAUUUAAGAUUCCGAGAGUGGUCUGGUAAAAUGUCACUGAUUAUAAACAGAAAUAAGUUACAAGACACUUCCUUGUGGGUCCCCGUUUGCCAGGACAAAAAGGCCAGAAGUGACAUUGUCGGAAAAUAAUUUGUCUGAUAUGAAAUUUUGAAUAAAAUAAGGCAAGUUUCCACGUAAUCCAAAAGCAUAGAAUUUUCUGAGUAGGCUAUAUCGCCCACGUCAUGUCAUAGUUUUUUUUUUUCUAUAUCUAAAACUACUCAAUUUUAAAAAAUGCUGUCCAGCUUCAGUAGAUGAUCAAGAGUCUGGCGUCCCUUUCGGAAGCCGCAAUACUCGUCAACUAACCUCCUGUUAAUCAAUCGCCCCAUAUGUCAAGAAUACAUGCCAUGCCCACGGUAAUACAAGUUUAUUUAUUGUAUAUACACACAGAGGCUCUACAAGUGUUUGGUCACCAAAAAGUCAGUUAUUAGUCUCACAUGUUUACCCUUUUCCUCGACUUUUGGGUAGGGUCUUUUGCAUUAUAUGAGCAGCGAUAUCAACUGUAUUAAUAAGAAAAACACAUUUUCCCGCCAAUUCAAGGAAUGGGGAAAUCAGGAUCGGUCUCUAGGGCCACUGAUAGACUCCUUGCCGGAUAUGCACAUGUGGAGCCAUCCGAAUGUAACAACUGUGAGGUCUCCGACGCCCUCCCCCCAUCCUGAACCGUAACCUCUUACCUUCUCCCCCCUUAUCCUCCUCCUCACCCUUGCUUUCCUUAGUCUCCCCUACACCUCCCUUUUCUGCAACCUUUUUCUCUUUUCUUCACGACUUGCCACGUCACCACCUUAAUUCUCGAUCUUACUAAUUAAUGGAGGCUCACGGAGGACACUCGAGAUAUCAUAUGUAUUGUUGGCAGAUUUUACGUUGUUCUGGGUUUUGUUUUAAAGAUUAAAUGUACCGUUUUAUUGAUUUUACUUUGCUUUUAACGUCAUGUUCAUCUGUUUAGAUGUAUUUUUAUCAUAAGCUUAUAUUUAGUUUAUCUUAGUCCUUUUACUACUAUCUACUCUUUGAAUGAUACUGUUAAAGGAUCGACGAUUAAAUAAUUGUGUACAUGUUUUAGUUAAAAUAACGAUGACGUGGACCGCAUGUACUAAUACCCAUGGAAAAUAAACCCACACGGGAGUUGUGUCUGGA